AAUAGUUUUAAAUUUAUUAUAAAAAAUACAUACUUAUAAAAUAAAUAAAACUACAUAUAUUAUAUUUAAUUAUUGGGAAAAUCCUUCUAAUCCUUUACUUUUUUACUUCCAUGGUGCUACUAAUAGAAAUUAUGUAAUUACCUACCGUGUAAAGUAUUUUUUAACAAAAUUUAAAAUAUUUAAUCUUUUUACAAGUACUAAUUAUUUAUUAAAAUUGUUUAUAUAGGCUUUUAUGUAGGCUAUUAUAUAGGCUAUUAUAAAAGCUGAGGUUUGUUAUUUAGAGAAAAACUAAUGUUUCAUUUGUUCAGACUCAGCCCAUUUUUGACUUCUAUACUUAUAAAGUAUAUUUAUUAUAUUUUCCAUUUACAGCUGCAAGCUGAGGAAGACCAUGGAACACCCCCGCAAACUCAUAAACAGGCAAGCUUUUCAGUGGCAACAAAAAUAUGACAAAAACUCACCUGAGGCAAGAAAGCUGAACCUAGCUGUUGCUGAAUUCAUAUGUAUUGAUAAAGUGCCCAUUUAUACAGUUCAAAAAUGUGGAUUCCAACAAAUGCUCCAUCAUUUCAACCCAAAAUACCAGCUUCCAAAGUCGAAACUUUUUUAUGUACACUGAGAUUCCCCGCAUGUACAAUGACACCAGAGACCUCAUAAUCCAGCAUCUCAGUGACAAAUCAUUUUACAGCUGCACAACAGAUCUUUGGACAAGUAGAACUGCAGACACUUUCAUGUCUUUAACUCUGCAGAACAUUACUAAAUCAUGGGAAUUGCAAUCCUGGUGUCUUGGCUGUUGUGGUCUCAACACAGACCACACUGCUGAAAGUUUGAAGGAGGCCUUUGAUGAAAAACUUGAAGACUGGAAGUUGGACAUUGCAAGAAUGUCAGGCAUCACAACAGACAGUACCUCAAAUAACAAAAAAGCCUUUGAGGACUACCCCUGGAUUCCUUGUUUUGGACACAAUCUCCACCUUGCUGUAAAUAAGGCAUUAGACAUAAACAGGGUGUCUGCAGUGCUGUCAAGGCUUCAAAAAACUAUUUCUGUCUUUACAAGAUCCCCAAAACUUUUACGCCAGCUGACCAAGAAACAGAAAGAUCUGUCCUCUCCAGACCACAAACUCAUUCAUGAUGAACCCACUCGCUGGAAUUCUUCAUACGAUAUGGUGGAACGUUUCUUGGAGCAGCAGCAGGUUGACAGGAAAAAAUGGCAUCUGAUGCCAAAAGACUCAGAUAUUACAGUUUUAGAAACUGUUAAAGCAGUUCUUGAGCCACUCAGUCCUUUUACUGAUGCAUUUAGCGGGGAAAAACAUACCACCCUGUCUUCAGUCUUGCCGUUACUCUGGAAGAUAUUUGAGUGUCUCAGUCAUGAACAAAGUGACUCUGCAUUAGCCAAAGAGAUGAAGGAAAAGAUACACAAGUAUCUUCAGCAUCGCUAUGAUGACCUGCAGCUUCGGUUUCUUUUGAACACUGCAACCUACCUUGAUCCACGAUUUAAGAACAGCUUUGUCUCUCUAAAGGAUGAUGUGAAGCAAAGUCUCCUGGAUGAGGUGAAAAAAAUGGGCAAUGAAAAAGAAGGAAUUGCAUCUCGGGUGUCUGAAGGAUUGUCAAGUAAAGAAGUCAGGCCAUCAAAAAAAUCCAAAAAUCACCUAAAGUUUCUGCUUUCCACCAUUCAAGGGGAAAAGAAAGAAAAAGGAGAGCCAGCAUCCUCAAGUCAAGCACCUCUUUCUGCAAGUGACGAGAUAAAUGGUGAAUUCUUGGUGUACGAUCAGAUGCCUGAGGUCAGUGCUGAGGAUGAUCCACUUAUCUGGUGGAAAACAAAUAUGGGUACUCUACCUCAACUAUCAGAGUUUGCCAGGAAGUACCUUUGCAUUGCUGCAUCUAGCUGUUCAUCUGAAAGAGUGUUCAGUACUGCAGGGUACAUUGUUAGCCCAAGACGCUCAAGACUGAGUCAGGAACAUGUUGAUAUGUUAGUGUUUCUAUCGGAAAAUCUGGAAAUGGCAAAGAAAGUAACUUAAGGAAUAACUGUGUAGACAAGUAUUGAUUUGGGUGAAACUUGUUUGAAAAAAAUGUUGUUAUUUAUCUAGUUAUUUAAUUACUCAAAUGUUUACAAUCCUUGGCUUGAAAUACUUAAAUAAUGCCGUUGUUGUUUUGUUUUUUUACAUGUAUAAUAAUAUUUUAAUUUACAACUUGUUGUUCAGUUAUGGCAUAUUUUGUUUAAUUUAUAAAAAUGUUAAAGUUUAUAAAUAAGAAUGAUUAUUCAGUCAUGGCUUAUUGUUUUGUUAUUUAUCUAGUUAUUUAAUUACUUAAAUGUUU